AUGGCAGAAAUAUUUAAAGAAGAAUUUAAUAUAGAAGAGUUUGAGAUAAAAGAAGAGAUACUUUCCAUCAAGGAAGAAAUCCUUCCCUCCUCUUUUGUAGAGGAUACAAGUACUGUUAAUCUAAACAAAGAUGAUAUAAAGAUGGAAAAUACAGAAAUGCAAGAUACGAUUGAGAAUCAACCUGUAUUUGAUCCUGAUUUUCACACAGAACUAAUCAUUAAAGAUGAAAUAGAGGAUUCAGGAGAAAACAUGGAUCAAGGAUUUGAGCCGGAACUAAAGAGAACUAAAAGAAGUAAAGUGGGAUUUCCUUGUAAUAAAUGUGAGCAUGUUGCAACCAGAGCUUAUUACCUGAAAAUUCAUGUUGAAAAUAUACAUGAAGGAGUGAGAUAUCCUUGUUCUCAAUGUGAGUAUUCUGCAACUACAAUAGAAUGGAAGAGCUGGUGA